AUGGAAGCUGUGCUUGGAUUGAUAGUGAUGUUGCUGGGUUUGUCUCAUGGUGUGGAAACUCAUUGUGAUGGCAGACAGGAUGGAGCUCAGUGUUAUGGAGCUUUGGGAGGAACUGUGGACAUCCAGCUGAUGGACACUCCUGUGUCCUCUGUCCUGCUGCUCUCUGAGUGUCUGUCCCAGGGAGGGAUGAGGGUGUCCUGUUCCUCUGAGGGAGGGGACAGUCCUCAGUACAGCUGGACUCUGGAUGGACGCACACUGACAGAUGCUGAGCUCCUUUCUAUAAAUAAUGAGACUAACAUCAUCACUCUGAAACAGUACGUCUCAGGACGUCUUGUCUGCUCAGUCAGGAACAACGUCAGUAAUGUCUUCAAAGAACAGAAGAUAUCUCCCUGUGGUGUGGAAACUUACUGUGAUGGCAGACAGGAUGGAGCUCAGUGUUAUGGAGCUUUGGGAGGAACUCCUGUGUCCUCUGUCCUGCUGGUCUCUGAGUGUCUGUCCCAGGGAGAGAGGAGGGUGUCCUGCUCCUCUGAGGGAGGGGACAGUCCUCAGUACAGCUGGACUCUGGAUGGACGCACACUGACAGAUGCUGAGCUCCUUUCUGUAAAUAAUGAGACUAACAUCAUCACUCUGAGACAGCACAUGUCAGGACAUCUGGUCUGCUCAGUCAGGAACAACGUCAGUAAUGUUUUCAUAGAACACAGGCUGUCUACCUGUGCUCUGUCAGUGGGAUACAGACAUCAGGAUAAGAUGCUUAUAUGUGGUUUGCGAGCAGUUGUGGUCAUUCUCUUGCUAAUUGGGAUUCCCAUCUACUUUGCUUGGAAGAAAAAGAAACAUGCCAAAGCUGAAGUCUCUGCUGUCCCACAAACAAGAGGAGAUCCAGAGGAUUCUCUUCUGAUGGUUGAAAUGAGUUCUGCAACUUACACCAACACCUAGUUUCACCUUUUACUUGCUGUUAUUUAUCUUUGGUUCACAAGCAUGAAAAUAGCAUUUAGAGAGAAAUUCUUCUGCU